UAAUCGCAGUCCGCAACUCCGAAACUCCCCAUUUGUUUUUGUAAUCCCCAAAAAACCAAAGUAGGAGAGAGAGAGAGAGAGAGAGAGAGAGAGAGAGAGUUGUCAAAGACGCCAAAAAGCCAACAAAACCCAUCAUUCAGUCCACCGCAUUUGAACCAUAGGACCGCCCUUUUUCUUUUUACACGAAUUUUCAUACGAAAAAAAAGAGAGAUUAUGAGAGUGAACGGUUUUCCGUGCCAAAUCUUCCCUUCUCUUGCUGCGUGAGUGAGAAGUGAGGAACCACCUCUACUCAUGGCGAAGCGCGUGUACGAAGUUUGGAAAGGAAGCAAUAGAUUUAUGUGUAAUGGGAGGCUGAUUUUUGGACCAGAUGCUAGGUCACUCAUAGUUACCUUAUUGCUAGUCAUCGUUCCGGUCGCCAUCUUUUGCACAUUUGUUGCGAGCAACCUCUUUCAUAAAUUUCCAUCUUAUAAUGCGGGAUAUGCGAUUCUGGUGGCGACAAUUGUCUACACAAUUUAUGUGUUGGUGCUUCUUUUCCUUACCUCUGCACGCGACCCUGGCAUUGUUCCACGCAGUGCACAUCCUCCAGAGGAAGAGUUCUGUUAUGAAUCUUCUGCUUCAGUUGAGGCUGGUGGAAGACCAACACCAAGCCUACAAUUACCUCGCACUAAGGAAGUCAUUGUAAACGGCAUGCCUGUAAGGGUUAAGUAUUGUGACACAUGCAUGCUGUAUCGCCCUCCUCGGUGCUCUCAUUGCUCCAUAUGCGAUAAUUGUGUGGAGCGAUUUGAUCACCAUUGCCCUUGGGUGGGCCAAUGCAUUGGGAAGCGGAACUACCGUUUCUUCUUUCUAUUUGUGUCUUCUUUAGCUCUUCUCUGCGUCUUCGUCUUUUCAAUGUCAGCUUUAUACAUGAAAUUUCUCAUGGAUGAACAUGGAACUGUUUGGAAAGCUAUGAAGAAAUCACCUGCAUCAAUGAUACUAAUGGCCUAUUGUUUUGUUUCAUUGUGGUUUGUGGGUGGUCUCACUGGCUUUCAUUUGUAUCUCAUUGGCACAAACCAGACCACAUAUGAGAACUUUCGGUACAGAGCAGACAACAGGCCCAAUGUCUACGAUCGUGGCUGCCUCAACAAUUUUGUUGAAGUGUUUUGCACGAAGAUUGAAACUUCAAGAAACAAUUUCCGUGCGUAUGUACAAGAAGAGGCUUCUAGGCCUCCAAGGGCCCCACCUCGAGAUGCAGAAGUAGAUGAUUCCGGCGGAAGCCGACGGGCAAAAGUGGAAGAUGACCUUGAGAUGGGCGAUGUUCUGAAGAUCUCCCAGCGCCAUGAUUUUUCUGAUGUGGGGGACGUCCGGAGUAGAGUUAGCGACGGUUUGCAUCAGAAGUCGCCGGAUGUUGAAUUAGGUUUGGGUUUGGAACUCCAAGCAGCACCUGGAUCUCUGUCGGAUAGACACCACUCGAGUUUGGGUAGAAGAAACUGAAGUUAAAAAAAAUGUUACUUGUCUUGCGAUGAAAACCUGAAUCGAUUUAGUCUGUGCUUGGAUUAUGGAUUUGUAGAUGGAUUUAUGGAGGGAAUGAGAAGGUAAAGGAAAAGAUAAAAAGAUAAUGAAGCAACACAAACCAAAUUUAUUUGUCUGGAUCCAUGGCAUUUAUCCAAACACAGUCGUAGAAAAAGUAUGCAAUGGCACCCAAAAGGCCAAAAAAAAAAAAAAAAACGGUUGACGCCGGAUAGGUGUAUUUGGAGUGGGUGUUUUGUGCAGCUUAAGAAUGGCCAUUCAUACCAUCUGGAAGUGUUGUAACUCCAAUUUUAGUAUAGGUCUUUUUAAGGGGAAUGUGUUUCAGUAUUGGAAGAGAGAGUGUGGGUAGCCUUUUGGAAGUUCUUUUUGUCUAUUCACUUGAUAGCUUUUGGUGAAACAUGGUAUUGGCGGUCUCUGUAGCGAAGGUUUGUUUGGAACUCUGUAAAUUGUCUGAUUUGUAGCUGUUUGUGACAUUGUAAAAUCGUCGAUCAUUGGACUGACAUUGUUGACA